AUGCCGAAGCACGAGAUAUACCACCUCCACCCUCUCAACUGGGAAAGCGACCCUGAAGAAGAACGCUGGAAGCUCUCCACUCUCGACUACCUAGCCAGCAGUUCAUACCUGAACUAUGCGCUCUACCUUCAACUAGAUAACCUUGACACACACGCCCAAGGCAAGGCCCUGGCGGCCCUCCGGCACGGUCUUGAACGUACCCUCAACCAAGCCCGCCAUCUCUGCAGCACGUUGGAGCAAGACCCCGAUGGUGACGGUCAUUCUUUCGUCCGCAAGAAAGAUGACACGGUCGAGUUCCACGUCCAAUGGCUCGAUCGGCCCGAGGAUGCUGAGCGGUUCCCGUCUCUGCAGGGUCUCGAGCGCGCACACUUCCGGGCUGCAGCCAUGGGGAGCGAUCCAGACCUCUGGCGGAUUCCGCACAUGUCCUACGGCUCGGACAACCCAGUGGCGGACAUGGAUCGUCAUCCUGCAGUAUUUGGAGUGAAGGCUAGCUUUAUCCGUGGCAGCGGUCUGGUGUUGGUCACUCACUUACAUCAUCUCGCCAACGAUCUCUCGGGCUGGGUUGGAUGCAUGCAGCAGCUGGCGGACAAUUGUCGUGCUGCGGUCACGGGAGACGGGGCGGGUUAUCCGCCAUGGGACUCGGCGUGUCUGGAUGCUUCGAGCGUCACACGGCCGCCGGUCCCAGAAGACAAGAAGGUAGAUGUGCCGGAAAACAUGCUCUGGGGACCGGAAACGCCCACCUCGCUACCAGGGGGUCGCCAGCUUCUGCUCUUCCACCUUCCCAAGUCCAAAGCCGCGGAACUCAAAGCCUUGGCGCAGCCGGACACGUCAACAAAUACCGGGGUCUCCCACAUCUCCACCUACGACGCCGUUGUAGCCCAAAUCUGGCGGUCCAUAACGAAAACCCGCCAUCCACACUAUGCCGAUCGAAUCCCAACCUCUGCGCCGUUACUCUGGAUCCAAAUUCUAGACAUGCGCGCCCGUCUCAACGCCACGUCAUCACCGGGAACAUAUCCCCCGCGCAUGCAGCGCAACAUUCUUUCUGUCGGCAUCUCCACCAUGCCCAUCCCCGGCGCACCCUCGGCACCCACCGUGGCCGAAGUCAUGGGCAAGCCCCUAAGCGGUAUUAACACAGAGCCGGGACAAAUCGCACAGAAGAAGCCCUGGCCCCUUUCCCACGUGGCGUCUUACAUCAGGGCAAAUACCUCGGUGUUCGGCACACCUGUCGUACUCGAUGCCAUGCUCAACCAGGUCGCCGCAAUCCGGCAAAAGAGGCGGGCGACGGCGAAUUUGCACGUCAUGCCCGCACUAGCGGUUAUGGUGUCGGACCAUAGGACUGCGGGGAAACUACUAUCUCCGGCUCCUUCUGUCCGUCCCGUGAGACACAGAGAAAGUAACGGCGUAAAUGGUAUGGGGCGGCAUGGAGACGGGGAGAAAGUGGACUUUGGUUUCGGCGAGGUUGUGGCGUAUAGACAAUUGUGGGGUAGAGUGGAUGUUGGGAUUGUGAUCCUCUACCCGCCGAGAAAGGAAAAUGAAGGGUAUGAGGUGUCGAUUGGGUAUGAGAAGGUGUUGGCGAAGGAGCUUGUGGAGGAUGAGGAGUGGUCGAGAUGGUUUGAGUUUCGGGGUGUGGACUGGGAGGAUUGA